AUGAAAUUAUUUCUGAUUUCCCUACUGAUUCUGGUCUCGAUCUUCUUGUUGGAGAUCGAAGCUCGGAGAAAAGAUCGAGAUGAUGAUUGUUCAGCUUCAGAAUCCAGCGAGGAACUUCCACGAGAACAUCACAAAAAACAUCAUCAUCACAAGAAAAAACGGACCACCACCAAAACUACAACCAAAAGAGUGCCACGCUGUCUGAAGGGCUGGAAAGGUUUCCCGAGAUCUGGUAGAAUUUGGUGUAUCCGUGUGAUUGCGGGUGAACCGAAUCGAGAUGGCGCUGAAGCGCAGUGUAAUGGGUUGGGUGCGACGUUGACGGGGAUUGCGAAUGCGCAGGAGAGCCUGUUUUUACAGGGUGAGUUGGUUAAGCGGGGCUUAGGCCUGGCCGCUACGCGGAAGCUUGCGGUAUACACUCGCGGCUAGGCCGCUCGGGGCUCAGGCUUCCGGGCUGAGCCUAACGCAAAGCUUGAGCCCGGCCGCUACGCGGAAGCUUGCGGUCUACACUCGCGCAGAGCGCUCGGGCUUCUAUACCUAAGUUUAAUUAAGCCUGGGCCUAGGCCUGGCCGCUACUUGGAAGCUUGCGGUCUACACUCGCGGCAAGGCCGCUCGGGGCUUAGGCUUCUGGGCUGAGCUUAACUCAAGGCCUAAGCCUAGCCGCUACGCGGGAGAUUGCGGUCCAUACUCGCUGCAAGGCCGCUCGGGGCUUAGGUUUCUGGGCUGAGCCUGACCCGAGGCUUAAGCCUAGCCGCUGUUUGGAAGCUUGCGGUCUACACUCGCGGAUAGGCCGCUCGAGGCUUAGGCUUCUGGGCUGGGGAUAACCCAGGGCUUAAGCCUAGCCGCUACGCGGGAGAUUGCGGUCUACACUCGCGGAUAGGCCGCUCGGGGCUUAGGCUUCUGGACUGAGCCCAACCCAGGACUUAGGCUUAGCCGCUACGCGGAAGCUUGCGGUCUACACUCACGCAGAGCGCUCGGGCUUCUAGGCUUCAAGGCUCCACCAUACCUUCACCUUUCCAGCCCAAUCCCUUCCAAUCCUCCAAUCGCUCGGCAAAACCGUCGGCUCAAUCUGGAUCGGCCUGGUCCGUCGGCCCGAAUGUCGCGGCUACCUCAAAUCCCUCUUCGCUCCCUGUAUUCGAAGUGAUGGAUUCAUGUGGACAGAUGGUGUGGUGACCCGCAAGAAUACUAUGACCUGGCGAGCAACGAUGCCGGAUAAUGCGGGGUAGGCCGGCCCGGCCCUUUUCAGCCCGGUAAAGCCCUAUUCAAAAUUCCAGAUGGAAUCAAAAUUGUGCCCGAUUACACGUGGGUUCUCGAUCCUAUCAAUUCAGUCAUUACAUCAAUCCUGGAGACAUUGAUGAUAUUGAUUGUACGAUUCCGGCUAGCAAAACUUUGGAUAUUCAAAAAAUUCGCGGAUUUGCGUGUGGAAUGUGGGCCGCUUAAUUUUUAAUUAAUAAAAAUUUUCUAUUUGCAAAAUUCCACGUCAUAGCUCACUCCGAAAAUCAAAAAAAAUGAGAAAAAAGCGGUUUAAACGACACUCCGCAAUGCCACUUGCAUGUUGUUUAGCGCUAUUUUCAUUUUUUUUGUUUUCGCUUGAAAACUCAAUCAAUAAUUGGGGUUUUUGGUGGGAUUGCUAUGACGUGGCAUUUUUAACGUGUUUAAACUUCACAGUCGAAUUCCCAGGCCUAUAGUCUAGUCAUCAUAAACAAGUCCAACAUGUAACAUGUAAUCAUCUCUUCAAAUGACUGUGAGAUCAAAUUUGAAAUGAGAAUUCAAAUUUCUAGCUUGAUUUUUGUUCUGAUCCCUCUAGCCUCAGCUGAACUUCGCGGGAUAACCAUCAAGGGAAAAAUUGUAUGCAAAAGUGUUCCAGUCGAAACUGAUUUCAAAUUCUAUGAACAUGAUUUUGGUAAGCUCACGAGCCUAGGCCUUGUAAAAAAUUGAAAAAUUUCUCCAGUCAUCGAUUGUGAUGCCAAUUGGAAAACUUCAAAUUCGCAAGGUGAAUUCGAAGUUUCGGAAAAAGAAGACGAAGCUGUCGGCAAAUUUGACCCCUAUAUAGAAAUUAGACAUAAUUGCACACAAAAACCUGGAUGUUAUCAGAGAAGUGUUUUUUAUUAUAAAACUUAUGAGACGAAUAGAUUGGUCGAAAAUGAAGUGUUGAAUUUGGAUGAUCAAGAGUAUUAUUAUAAUGGGCCGAUUUGUUAUUGA